AUGGAAGAACUUACCGCUUUUGUCUCCAAGUCGUUUGAUCAGAAAGUGAAAGAGAAGAAGGAGCUGAUCACGUACAGGGAGGUGCUAGAAAGCGGACCCCUCAGGGGAGCUAAGGAGUCCGGAGGCUCCAACGAGCCCAGCGCGGAGGAGAGCGGCAGCCCGGCGGCCCGGGGAGCUGGUGGAAGCGGCGGCGGCUCGGGAAGGCGAUCGCCGGUGCGAGACCUGGACAUGGGCGCCGUCGACAGGAAUCGGGACGCGGACACUCCUAAACUCAGCGAAGUUUCGCCGGAGCUGAAAGAGCGCAAAGAGGAUGCCAAAGCGAUGGAAGACGAAGGGCAGACGAAAAUCAAGCAGCGGAGGAGUCGCACCAAUUUCACUUUGGAGCAGCUGAACGAGCUGGAGCGGCUUUUUGACGAGACCCACUACCCGGACGCCUUCAUGAGAGAGGAGCUCAGCCAGCGGCUGGGACUGUCGGAAGCCCGGGUGCAGGUCUGGUUUCAGAACAGAAGAGCUAAAUGCAGAAAGCAAGAAAACCAGCUCCAUAAAGGGGUCCUCAUUGGAGCAGCAAGCCAGUUUGAAGCAUGCCGAGUUGCUCCCUACGUGAAUGUUGGUGCUUUGCGGAUGCCUUUCCAGCAGGAUAGUCAUUGCAACGUGACGCCCUUGUCCUUUCAGGUGCAGGCACAGUUGCAGCUGGACAGCGCCGUGGCGCACGCGCACCACCACCUCCACCCGCACCUGGCGGCGCACGCGCCCUACAUGAUGUUCCCGGCCCCGCCCUUCGGCCUGCCGUUGGCCACCCUGGCGGCGGAGUCUGCCUCGGCCGCUUCGGUGGUGGCCGCGGCGGCUGCGGCCAAGACCACCAGCAAGAACUCGAGCAUCGCGGACCUCAGACUCAAAGCCAAAAAGCACGCGGCCGCGCUAGGCCUGUGA